ACGUUGUUUAUUCGCUCUCGCAUAUAUAUAGAAGACAAUAGAUAUUACUGAAUGUAAACUUAUAUCGUAUCAUAUGGAAACGCUCUGAAAGUUCGAGCGGCCCAAUUCUCGAAUGGUCUGAAGUUUAUUUUAGACGCUAAUCUUGUUCAGUCGGCAUUUCAGCAAACAGUUUCGGACGCUUCAAUCUGUAUCUGAUCAAUCCGAGGAGCACGCGUGUAUCGAAAUGGAUGAUGAAGUGCGUCAUUAUAAAAUACAACAAAACGAUAAAUAUGGACGGUAUUUGAUUGCAAAUAAGGAUUUAGUGGGCGGCGAAUUAAUAUUUACAGAUACUCCAUUCGCAGUAGGACCAAAACCAGACACUCCACCGCUAUGCCUAAGCUGCUACUGCCCCGUGGAGAACACCAUGUGUUCCUCGUGCGGCUGGCCAGUCUGCAGCGAAGAGUGUGAGAAGGCGCCCGCUCAUGCUGGAGAAUGUGCCGUGUUCUCCGCCGCCAGGGUGCGCUUCCAGCCAGUUGAAGAUUGGACUGCUAGCGCGCCGCAACUUGACUGUAUAACACCGUUAAGAAUACUUUUGGCGAAAGAAAAAGAUCCCGACAGAUGGGAGCGCGAUUUAGAGGUGAUGGAGACGCACACGGCGGAUCGCAAGGAGCGGCCCACCUGGGCGGCUGAUCAAGUCAACAUCGCCGACUUCCUCGUAGACCACUGCAAGCUUGCCAGCCGAUUUGAUAAAGACUUGGUGCAGAAAGUCUGUGGUAUUCUGGAGGUGAACUCCGUUGAGAUCCCGUCUCGAGGUGGCUUCAGCAUACGCGCCCUUUAUCCUCAACUGGCCAUCGCAGCACAUAACUGUGUUCCUAACAUUGUGCACACAAUACUGCAAAACGAUUAUCAAGUGCAAGUUAGAGCUGCUAUCCCAAUAAAGGAGGGAGAUGCUCUCCACAUAUGUUACACGCACUCGUUAUCCCCUACUAUAGUUCGACGGGACUUCUUGGCAGAGUCCAAGUUCUUCCAGUGCGAUUGUGCGCGCUGUGCUGACCCUACCGAGCUCGGCACGCAUCUCAGUACACUUAAGUGCAGUAAAUGUGACAACGGUGUAAUACUGGCGACUAACCCUUUGGACAACGAGGCGCCCUGGUCGUGCAACGACAAGAACUGUGGGUUCAAGACGAGCGGCGCCGCGAUGCGCAAGAUGUUAGCAGUGGUGCAAGCAGAGAUCGAUCAGCUCGAUGCCAUGGAGCCCGGGCCUGCUGCCAUUGAGCAGCGGGAAGCUGCUAUUAAAAAGUACAAAUCAGUAUUCCACCCGCGUCAUUCUCUGCUCCUAUCGCUGAAGCACUCUUUAGCACAGCUGUACGGUCGCGUGGAGGGCUACGGACUCGACGAGCUCCCCGACCUUCUGUUGGAGAGGAAGGCGGAACUGUGCCGCCUUGUGCUCAGCACCCUUGAUGUUAUCACGCCAGGGGAUACACGGAUGAGAGGUAUGAUGUUAUAUGAGUUACACGCGCCGCUGAUGUUCUUAGCCCGAAGCGAGUUCGGGGCGGGACUUAUUACUCAAGAAAAGCUCAAAGAUAGAUUGCAGGAGCCCAUCCAAUGCUUGGCCGAAGCUGCACGAAUACUGAUGAGGGAAGAUCCGAACAGCCCCGAAGGCAUCACUGGGCGAGUGGCACAGCAGUCUAUGGAACAACUUAAAGCUAGCCUUGAAUGUCUAUAAAAUCUAGUCAAAAGCCUCUGAAGGCAGAAUAGUAUUAUGUGGCAAGUUUUUACUUUAUCCCUUUACUUAAUGUAUACAGGUACUCCUGGCAUUUUAUUUAGGAAAUAAUUGAUUGUUUCUUUGUAUUGAAUAGGCUAUGAAAUUACUCAUUUGAAUUUCUUUCACUGUUGGGAUGCUACAUGUGUAACAUCAAGCUACAUUUUAUCCUGGUAAAGGAAGAAGUUGCACUGGGAGUUAGGCGAAACCACGAGAAACUGCUAAUAAAAGCUAUAAAAAGACACUACAUAACAAUGAUCUCUUGGAAAAUAAUUCAAUAAACAGUUUGUUGCAUUUUA